AUGGUGGAACUAGAAAAGAAGGAUAAGGAGAAGCUUGUGGGGGAAAAUGGGAUACUGAUUUGGAAUAUUAGAGGAAUUGGGAGGCAAGAGAAGAGGGGAAAGAUACAGAAGUUGGUGAAGGACAGAAAUGUUGAUAUAGUGUUGAUUCAAGAAACAAAAAAAGCUGCUAUUAUAGAAAGAGAAGUCAAAGAAAUGUGGGUGAGGACUAGAAUGAAGUUCAUGUCAGUGGAUUCUGAAGGUACAGCUGGAGGAUUGUUAUGGAUAUGGGACCCUGAGGUAUUUCAACUUGGUGUUUGCUGCAGUAGUAAAAGGUUCAUACUCUUAUCAGGUACAAUAUUUAAUUCUUUUGAGUGUGUUUUACUGAAUAUCUAUGCAUCGAAUGAUGUGGGUGGUAGAAGAAAGCUUUGGGAUAGUUUGCUUAAUCUGAAACAAGCUUUUCCUAAACCAUGGUGUCAGUGUGGGGAUUUUAAUGAAAUUAGACAUAUUGGUGAGAGAAAAGGUUGCUCCAGAAGAGAGAGGGGUAUGACUGAGCUCAAUGAGUUCAUUGAGAAUAGUGAAGUACAAGACCUACCUUUAUUAGGAAGAAAGUUCACAUGGUGUAAUUCCAGGGAAGAAGAGAAAUGGAGUAGGAUAGAUAGGGUGUUGGUAGAUCCAAGAUGGCUGGAGGUUUUUCAAUUAAAAUUAUGGGGAUUACGUAGGCUCAUCUCAAAUCACAAUCCACUACUCUUGAUGGAAGAUAAAAGGGAUUGGGGCCCAAAGCCGUUCUGGUUUCUAAAUGCUUGGUGUCUAUAUCCAAAUUUCUCUUUCUUUGUGGUUAAAGUUUGGAGGGAGUCAGAGACUAAUGGUUGGGUUAGAUUCAUAUUACAGAAAAAAUUGAAGGAUUUGAAACUAGCACUUCGGCAAUGGAAUAAGGAGGUGUAUGGGUCUGUGGCUAACAAAUUGAAAGCAAUAGAGGAGGAAGUUCAUAAUCUUGAUCUUCAAGCAGAGAAUAGAGAGCUAGACCAGCCUGAGAAAGCUAGAAGAAGAGCAGCUAGUAAAGAGUGGGGACCCCAUCAGCAAGGGGUUGGUGUCACCCCUAGUAGUGAUGGGAAAGGGAUAGUGUGCGACAAUGACAAUGAUGUUGGUGACAGUAGUGGUAGUGGUGAUGGUAAUGAUGAUGGUGGUGAAGGGGAUGGUAUCAGUGACGAUAAUAAGGUUGUGACAAUAUCCAAUGAUGUUUAUGCAUAA